GCUAAACAGAAAGGCACCUUUUACUCUGCCUGCUGGCGGAAGGAAUACUCACCUGACCUCUGUUUGACGACAACAGCAAAGGACUGCUGCUCAAUUGCUUCCAGGAGAUUCGUAAGAACUAGCCCCGCUCACCACGUCGAGCCAGCAUCGUACAUGUAGGGAUCAUGGUGCUGAUAGUCGCCUCGAUCCCGAAACCAAAAUAAAACUUCUGAAAGGCUUCAUGGUGCACCUUCACGAGAAUUGUCGACUGCAAUAGUGGCCAUGCGCAGUAGGCAAAAGAAGGAUUCGACCCACAACAUAAUAAGAUGUUUAAGAUGUUCAGUUGGACUUUCUGGGUCUUUUCUGUGCUCUUACUCGUUACUUCUGAAGUUUUGGGUGCUAACAUUUGCACGUCCCGAGGAGUGAACAUAUGCAGGGAAUGCCUCGCGGUCCAUCCCAGCUGUGGCUGGUGCUUUCAGGAGGACUUUGGCCAUGGAACAGCAAGCUCAUCUCGCUGUGACCUCAAGGAGAAUUUACUCCAGAAGGGGUGCAGUGAGCAGUUUAUUGAAUACCCCACCAGCACCUUGAGUAAGCAGCAGGACAAGCCCCUGAGUGGAACGGGAUCCGGAGCAGGGUCGGAUGCCACACAAAUUUCCCCCCAGAAACUGGAAAUUAACCUGCGACCUGAUGACUCUCAGAAGUUCUCGGUCCAGGUGCGGCAGGUGGAGGACUAUCCUGUGGAUCUUUACUACCUGAUGGAUCUGUCCUACUCCAUGAAGGAUGAUCUGCAGAAACUCCGCACUCUGGGCAACGAUCUGGCCACCGCCAUGGGCAGACUCACCAGCAACCUGCGCAUGGGCUUCGGGGCCUUCGUGGACAAGCCACUCUCCCCAUACAUGUUCAUCUCUCCCCAGGAGGCCAUAGCCAACCCCUGCAUAGGCAUUCAGACGACAUGUAUGCCCCAGUUUGGCUACAGGCAUGUUCUGACUCUGACGGAUCAGGUGAGCCGGUUCAAUGAGGAGGUGAACAAGCAGGAUGUCUCUCGAAACAGAGACGCUCCCGAGGGGGGGUUUGACGCCAUCAUCCAGGCUGCUGUCUGCAAGGAGAAGAUCGGCUGGCGUCAGGGUGCUUCUCAUCUCUUGGUGUUCACCACUGAUGCCAAGACCCAUGUGGCUCUAGACGGCAGGCUGGCAGGCAUAGUGCAGCCGAACGAUGGGAAGUGCCAUGUCGGAGAAGACAAUAACUAUGCAGGGUCCACCACUCUGGAUUAUCCAUCCCUAGCCUUGCUGACGGAGAAGAUGUCUGAAAAUAACAUCAACCUGAUCUUUGCUGUCACAAACCCUGUGGAAGAGCUCUACCGGAACUACAGUGAGCUGAUCCCCGGUACCACAGUGGGGAUCCUAUCACAUGAUUCAGGGAAUGUCAUCCAGCUCAUUGUGGAUGCCUAUGCUAAAAUCCGUUCGAAGGUAGAGCUGGAGCUCCUGGAUCUCCCUGAUGAGCUGUCCCUGUCCUUCAAUGCCACCUGCAUGAAUGGAGAGGUCAUUCCCGGGCAGAAGUCCUGCUCUGGGCUGAAGAUCGGAGAUACAGUGACCUUCAGUGUGGAGGCCCGUGCUAGAGGCUGCCCCAAGGAAAAAAAUAGGACCUUCACCAUCAAACCAGUGGGCUUCAAAGACUCUCUGCAGAUCACAGUGAACUUUGAGUGCGAGUGCAACUGCCAGGCCCUGGCAGUGCCCGACAGCCCGCUCUGCAAUAACGGUAACGGAACCUACGAGUGCGGGAUGUGCCAGUGUCUGCCAGGGCGCCUGGGCCCACGAUGUGAGUGCUCUGAGGGAGACUACAACCCCAGCCAGCAGGAUAAGUGCAGCCCCAAGGCUAACAGUUCCAUCUGCAGCGGGCACGGAGAGUGUAUCUGUGGCCAGUGCGUCUGCCACAACACGGACUUUGGGAAGUACUGGGGCAAGUUUUGCGAGUGUGAUGACUUCAACUGUGUGAGCUACAAGAGCAAGCUCUGUUCAGGCCAUGGGAAGUGUAGCUGUGGAGACUGCCUGUGUGAUCCAGAAUGGAAGGGGGAUUACUGUAACUGCUCGACACGCACAGACACCUGCAUGUCCAGCAUUGGGCUGCUGUGCAGCUCCAGGGGACAGUGUGUCUGUGGGACGUGUGAGUGCACCCAGCCUGGUGCCUACGGGGACACUUGCGAGAAAUGCCCCACCUGUCCUGAUGUCUGCACCUUCAAGAAGGAUUGUGUGGAAUGCAGAAAUUUCCAGAGGGGCAAACUCAGUGAUGAUAAGACCUGCGCCCGAAUUUGCCGAGAUGAAAUUAUACUGGUGAAAGACCUUGGUUUGCAUGAUAAGAAUGCUAUGAACUGUACCUACAAAGACGAAGAUGACUGCGUGGUGAGGUUCCAGUACUAUGAAGAUGCCAGUGGAACAUCAGUCCUCUAUGUGGUCGAAGAACGAGAAUGCCCGAAGGGUCCUGACAUCCUGGUGGUCCUGUUAUCAGUGGCAGGCGCUAUCCUGCUCAUCGGCCUGGCUGCCCUGCUAAUCUGGAAGCUGCUCAUCACCAUUCACGACCGCCGCGAGUUUGCCAAGUUUGAGGAGGAGCGUGCCCACGCCAAGUGGGACACGGCCAAUAAUCCGCUGUACAAAGGAGCAACCUCCACCUUCACGAAUGUGACAUACCGUGGAAAUGCAGAGUGACACUGAGGAGCAUGGAGACUCGGUGGGGGGGCUGUUUACAUGGGAUUGUUGGGGGUUUGCAAAAGUAAUGUUGCAUGUUAUCAAAAGCCAAGUUGAAAUGGAACUCAGGGUAAUCCUUCACCUGUGCAUUGUCAGUGACAUUUGGUUUCUCAUACAAAGGGAUGGGGGAAUAGGGGGUAUCAGUUUUGUGGAUGUGGGGGAGGCAUGACAAUUUAACAAAAGGAACCCAGUACUGAGUGGUUAAUGUGUAGUUUAAUUGUUACAUUGCUGUACAUCAUUGAUAACUUCCUAUUUUAAUAAUUAGCAACUGUGUCUAGGCUUCUAGGAUGUUGUUAUUUUAAAUGUCAUACUAGUUAGGACUAUGUAAUGAGUAGGGCUACACAGUUGGAAAUGGUUUAGGAAUUACUGGUUUGAGCCGGUACUGGGAAAUCGGCUUGUUCUCUGAGCUUGUGUUUGCAUGUAUGUGUGGAUGGAUUUGUAAAAACAUUGCACUGAUAGAAUACAGUGAUUGGGGGUGCAAUGGACAUCCAUUUUUUUAAUAUUGGUAGAGAAUAUGAGGGGAACAAUAGGCAAGGCUAGUGUGCUAUCUUUGUUUAGCUACUGUUGUUCAUUAUGACUGUUUGGACAAUUUAACUUGAGGCACCUUUCAGGUAACCUUUACCUGGCAACUGUAUAGAAACAAAGUUUUGAUAUAUCCUUGAAUCUUUAGCUAGUAGUUGAUUUGACUGAUGCCAAAAAAACGUCUUGUGUUAUUUCAUUGUCAAAAUACCCAUGCUGAAAUUCUAAAUAUGACUUCCCCUAUCAGAGAAAAAAAAAAAGAUUGUCUUUGCAAAUGAUAGAACUAUUACAAUAUUAUGUUACCAGGUGAAUCCAGAAAAUAUAGUGUUACAUGUGUUGUUGCAACUGUUUAAAUAACACAGCUGUCAUUUUUAUUUUCCUUGUUAAUAUCC